AUGACAGAAACUGUGAAAUUUGAGAUGACUCCAUUAAAUACGAACAAACCCGAACCUUCUACAUCGAAAACACUCAGAAGCAGAAAAGUUGUUGAUUUAGUUUUCUAAAAUAUUACCUAUGAAAUAAAUAAACGAAUAAUUCUGAAUAAUAUCAGUGGGAUCUGUCCUGGUGGACAUGUCACAGCAAUUAUGGGAAGUUCUGGUGCAGGUAAAACAACAUUACUGAAUGUUUUGGCUUGUCGAAUUUCUAAUUCCAAAACCAACAAAUUGACUGGGAAAUUGUUGGCCAACAGUUGUCCAUAUGACUACGAGAAGUUUUCUUAGUUUGCAUCCUAUGUGAUGUAGAAUGAUGUUUUAAUGGAAACUAUGACUCCGAAAGAAGCACUUUAAUUUGCUGCCAACCUUAAAUAUAGUGAUGCAGAAAUAAAGUAAUCCAGAGUUAUUGACACUCUUAAAUGCAUGAGACUUGAGAGAUGCUAGAAUACAUUCAUUGGAGGAAUUAAUAUGAAAGGCAUUUCAGGAGGAGAGAGAAAAAGAACUUCAAUUGGAUAUGAAUUAGUCUCUAAUCCUAGUUGCAUAUUGCUUGAUGAACCAACUUCUGGAUUAGACUCAUUUACAGCAUUUUAAAUUAUCCAUCAAUUAAGAAAAUUAUCAGAUGAAUAAGACAGAACUAUCAUCUUUACCAUACAUUAACCAAGUUCAGACAUCUUCUUACUUUUUGACAGGAUUAUGCUUUUGGUUUAAGGGAGAUUAGCAUAUUAAGGAUCCAGAGACAAUAUAAUCAACCAUUUCAGCAGUUUUGGAUUUAAGUGUCCUGACCAUUCUAAUCCAAUGGAUUAUUUCUUAUCUAUAACUCAUGCUGAAGAUAAGUAGAAUAUUGAGAAUUACAGUUUGUAUUUUCAGGAAUACGAACAGAAAUUACAAAAAUAAAUAGACUCUGAAAUCUAGAAUUGCUGCAAUUCAGAUGUGCCAUUAAAAAUUAAUGAAACCUCAUUUACAUAUUAAAUAGGUGAAAUAUCUUCAAGAGGAGUCAAAGACAUUAUGAGAGAUCAUAUGCAAUUCAAAGCAAAGGUCAUAUAGGCAAUCUUUUUGGGCUUAUUGAAAGGAGGUGUGUUUUGGGGAGCUGGUCGUAAUAAUGGGAAAUUAGAAUAAUUAUUAUCAAUAUCUGGAGCCUUGUUUUUCAUCUGUGUGGAUUUUACAAUGAAUGCCAUCAUGUCAUGUAUUCUAAGCUUUUCAGUAGAGAGAGAGGUCUUUUUGAGAGAGGAGAAUUCAAAACUAUACACUACUAAAUCGUAUUUUCUAGCUAAAUAACUUAUUGAGAUUCCAUUUUGUGUUAUUUCACCAUUGAUCUAAUAAAUAAUAGCAUAUUGGAUGAUAGGAUUAAAUUAUGACUCUGGUGAAAUAGUAUUAAUACAUCUCCUUAUCUCAGUUUUAGUAUUUGUUUGUUCUAAUUCAAUGGGUUUAAUGGCUGGAGCUGCAUUCAAAGACAUUUAAAUGGCAUUAAAUAUUGUACCAGCAAUAGUGACUCCAUUGAUAAUCUUUUCAGGGUUCUAUUCAAACUAGAAGUCUUUUUAUCCUUGGAUCGGAUGGUUGCAAUAUCUGAGUCCAAUGAAAUAUGGGUUUGAGGCCAUGUCUUAUAAUGAAUAUUAAGAUAAGCAAUAUGAUAUUGAUCCAGAAGAACUUUAUGGAUUUAAUAUAGGAUUGUGGUGGUGUGCUCUAAUUCUUUUUGGAUACAUAGUUGUGUAUAGAUUCCUGGCAUUUCUAUUUUUAUAUGGAUUAAAAUAAAAACUUCAAUGA